AUGAAAACUGGGAAAGGAUGGGUUGAUGUCGGCCAGCCCGCGUUGGCUGAUGGAUUCCUUGAGACUUCCCAAAGACUUUUAGAGAAAUUAUAUGCUGAAUUACUGGAAAAAUGUCAAGAUAGCCAAGAAGAAGAAGCACAGAGAGCUGAUGUGAACACAGACCUGUUCAAAGUACUUUCUUACCAUGCCGAGUCGGCUGUUGCUCAAGGGGAUUUUCAGCGAGCAGUCACGUGCAUCGAACGCUGCAAAGAUAUGCUGAUGAGAUUGCCCCAACUGGCACAAGCUGUGCUCGUGCUGCCCGUCUCUUGUCACGGAGGAAAUGGAAUGUGGGGGAGCUCAAAUCAUACUGCGCCUGGAUACCUUCCAAUACUCUGUUAUAACUUUGGCGUGGAAGCUUACUACCAAAAGAAGAUUGAAGAAUGCUCAUAUUGGCUUAGCCAAAGCUAUGAGAUUGGAAAACUGGAUAAGAACAGCACUUCCGGACAAGAAAUGCAGUCUCGAGUUCUUCGACUGCUCGCUAACAUUUACCUAGACUGGGACUGGGAACAGUGUCAAGACAAGGCUCUUGAAACUAUCAACCUGGCUAAUGAGGCAUGUUUACAUCCUGUUGGAAUAUACUUAAAGAUAAAAAUCCUUUUGCGACGUGGAGCAUCUGAUGAAGAAAUCCAGACUGCUGCCAUGAGUCUCUUGGAUUUUGAAGAUCCCGAAAACUUUUUAGAUUUCUUUUUGAGUACUACAAAAUUGCUUCUGGAAAAUGACAGAGAUGCUGUUGGUUUCGAUUUUUUGAAGACUGUCUGUAACCGAUUAGAGUGGUCAGCAGAAGUUGGGAAAGUAUUUCUGCUCCACAUUGAGCUCCUCUUACAAAGGAAGGAAGACCAACUUGUGAAAGAAAAGAUUGAGAACAUCCUUGCAGCCCAUCAUGCAGGAAAAGAGCUUCCUUUCAAAAUACUAAACUGGCUACAUAAUAUUCUUUGGAAUCAAGCUGCCCAAAAUUUUGAGGAAGAAAAUUAUAUGGAAGCCCUGCAAUGGUAUGACUAUUCGCUUAGUUUCUAUCCAUCAGGGCAGACUGAUCUGGACUUUGCUAAACUACAGAGAAAUCGAGCUUCGUGCUACAUUCAUCUAAAGCAACUGGAUAAGGCCUACGAAGCUGUAAAAGAAGCUGAAAUAUAUGAUGCCGCCAAUAUUUUCACACAAUUCAUUAUAUUCAAGAUCGCAGUCUCCAGAGGCAACACUGACGAGGCCUUAGCCGCAGUUGAUGCCCUGGAGCAAUGUGUGGCAAACUCAAUUGCACAAGAAAAAGAACCAAAUACCGAAGAAAUAUCAACUACCGCUUUUCUUAGUCUGGCCGCCCAGUUCGCUUUAGAGAACGGGCAGCAAGAAGUAGCCAUUAGAGCUCUGGAGUACUUGGCUCAAUAUUCGGAAGACCUGCAACAAGUACUUAUUGCUUUUAAAUGUUUGAUUCGUCUUGUUAUUUCACAAAUCUCUCACGUCGUCGACUUAGAAGAAAAUAGUUACAGGAAUGAGGAAAUGAGCAGACUUUUGUUUUGGGUGAAAACAGCUUAUGGGAAAGUUGCUUCGCCGGUAGCAAAAGAGAAACUGACUUUGGAAGUGUGGACUAACGAAGUACAGUGGUUUCGAAAAAUCGCCUGGAACUUGGCAAUGCAAUGCGAGAAGUGCUUGGACAUCAUGCGCGACUUCUUCCUGCUGUCAUUCGAAUUAUCCCAACUAUGUCCCUCUGAAAAAGCAGUUUUAGUUUCUCAAAAAACAUGUUUGCUGAUGGCGGCUGCCGCGGAUUUAGAACUAGGCAGGAACGCUACAGAUGCUUCCCAAAAGGCUGAAAUGCUGACUCAUGCAAUUGAACACGUACACGGUUGCAGAGAAAUUGUGAACAUCCUGAAACAAAUAGGAGACAAUGCCAAAGAUCCAACUGAGAAUUUGCUUCUCCUUUAUGAGAUUGAAGCCAAAGCCAAACUGAAUGAUGCAAGUCUCCCUUCCGUCCUGGACUCCAUGUGGGAGAUGCCUCAUUUAGAGACCAAAAUACUAGAAACAAUUGCAUCUGUGGUAAUGGAGCCUCCGGCCCACUAUCCCGAAAUUGCGAAAAAGACCUUGAAAAAGGCCAUAUCUAUCUAUCUGCAAGGAACGACCAUCAAUACUAUGAAGUACAGCAAAUGUCUGCACAGUUUCAUUAAUCUUUCACUACCAGACGAAGUAUUGGAACCAGAUAUGCACAUCUUGGAAGAAAUCUGGAGUUUCUUCGAAGAUGCUCUUAAUGUGAUCAGUCGCUCAAAGGAGUACCCACAAGUUGAGAUUCUCUGGCUUAUGACCAAAGCCUGGAACACUGGAAUCUUUCAGUACGGUGAAGGCUUGUACGUAAUUGCUGAGAAGUGGUGUGGUUUAGGAAUUCGCUUUCUUAGCCACCUGGGUACUUUGAAGAAGUCCUACGAAGGUCAGAUGACUGAUGUGUACAAAGAGAUCGUGGCCAACAUCGAAAGAGAAAAGUGCUCUCCUCCCAAUGAAGAAUAAGAACCACCGGAACUCAGAGCACAUGGAGGUACACAGUAACAGAGCACCUAGGCCUAUUCUCACGAUCUCUUGAAAAUUCUACAGUUAUGACUACUACAACAUCAUCAUUAUUGGGAGGAGAAGGGCCUUGUCCACACACGGUUUAUACCUUGGAUGCUAUUACUCUGAGUUCGAAUUCCAUCAACAAUUGUAAUUCCAUCAACAAUCAAAAUUCCAUCAACAAUUAUAAUUCCAUCAACAAUUAAAAUUCCAUCAACAAUCAAAAUUCCAUCAACAAUUAUAAUUCCAUCAACAAUCAAAAUUCCAUCAACAAUUAUAAUUCCAUCAACAAUCAAAAUUCCAUCAACAAUUGUAAUUAAUUCUAUCAAUAAUUAUAAUUCCAUCAACAAUUCUAAUCCUCAUUUCAUUAACAUUUCUAAUUAUAAAUCAACAUUAAUUAAUUCUUAAUUCUAAUUCAUCAGAGCAUUGUUCCAACUAAUAAAAAUGACUGUUCUUAA